AUGGAAUUCAAUUCCACUGGUCAAGUUGGAAACAAACAUGUCUUAACGGAAGACAUAGUGCACCGAGAGGUGACCCCCGACCAGAAGCUGCUGUCCCGGAGACUCCUGACCAAGACCAAUAGGAUGCCACGCUGGGCAGAGCGACUGUUUCCCGCCAACGUUGCUCACUCGGUGUACAUCCUGGAGGACUCUAUUGUGGACCCGCAGAAUCAGACCAUGACUACCUUCACCUGGAACAUCAACCACGCCCGGCUGAUGGUGGUGGAGGAGCGCUGUGUUUACUGUGUGAACCCCGACAACAGCGGCUGGACCGAAAUCCGUCGGGAAGCCUGGGUCUCCUCUAGCUUAUUUGGCGUCUCUAGAGCUGUCCAGGAGUUUGGUCUUGCCCGGUUCAAAAGCAAUGUGACCAAGACGAUGAAGGGCUUUGAGUACAUCUUGGCCAAGCUACAAGGUGAGGCCCCUUCCAAAACACUUGUUGAGACAGCCAAAGAAGCCAAAGAGAAAGCCAAGGAGACAGCACUGGCAGCUACAGAGAAGGCCAAGGACCUGGCCAACAAGGCCGCCACCAAGCAGCAGCAGCAGCAGCUGGUGUAGCUCCCUCUCCUUCUCCUCAGUGUACUUGAUUAUUAAAAAUCCACCUCCAGCCCUCUCUGCUGUCUGGGUGGUGGGGUAGGGCGGUGUCCUGGUCCCCAUCUGCAGUACACCUGGCUGAGUGUCUCCUGAGCCCAGCCUCCUUUUACCCCGUUGGGCAGAAAGGGUCAAAGCAGUGUGCAGGUGAAGUGGUCAUACAUGAUAGACUGUACGCUCCACGAGGGCAGGGCUCCUUGUUUUAUUCUCUGAACAAUAUUUAGCACAUAACAGGCACUCAAUAAACACUUGAUUUGAUUGGCCCCA